AUAUUAAUAGCAGUAUCAACUUUCCUUCAGCCUCUAAUUAAUGCCUUUCUUGUUCUAAGCAGGACUAGAAUAUGGAUUUAGGAUUCGAAGACCAUAACAACGGGACACCCACCAAGAACACCUCUGCUACCACGAGGAGUUUUUCUGCCUGGGAGGAUUAUAAGAGCAGUGUUGAUGACAUACAGUACUUUCUCAUUGGGUUGUACACGUUUAUAAGUCUGGCUGGCUUCAUGGGGAAUCUCUUCAUACUGAUGGCUCUGCUGAAACGCAAGCAGAAGACAACAAUAAACAUCCUGAUUGGCAACCUGGCCUUUUCGGACAUCUUAGUGGUGCUGUUUUGUUCCCCUUUCACGCUCACGUCUGUCCUGCUGGACCAGUGGAUGUUUGGCACGCUGAUGUGCCACGUCAUGCCCUUCCUCCAAUGCGCGUCCGUUCUGGUUUCCACUUUAAUGUUAAUGUCUAUCGCUGUAGUCAGAUACCGGAUGAUAAAACACCCCCUUUCCAGCAAUUUAACAGCAAAACAAGGCUACGUCUUAAUAGCAAUCAUUUGGGCCCUUGGCUGUACCAUUUGCUCCCCUCUGCCGUUUUUCCACAGAGUUGUAGAUCUCAGUGAAACCCUCAAUUUAGAGGCGCUGGCGGGCAGGUUUCUGUGCAUUGAGUCAUGGCCCUCUGACUCCUACAGAAUUGCCUUCACGAUAUCCUUGUUACUCAUGCAAUAUAUAUUGCCUUUGGUAUGCCUGACCGCUAGCCACACCAGCGUGUGCAGGAGCGUCGGCUCCCGGCUCUCGAGCGCCGAGAACAAAUUUGAGGAAAACGAGAUGAUCAACCUGACCAUCCCGCCGUCCAAGAGCGCCGGCGCUCAGGGACAGCCCUCCAGCCGUUCCAGGUGGAGCUGUGCAUUUAUCGGGAAGCACCACAAGAGAUACAGCAAGAAGACCUCGAGCGUGAUGCCGGCUAUCCUGAGGAACCACCAGGACUCUCAUUUCAGAGAGCUCCCAGAAAGCUCUUGCACGGAAAAGAGCCAGCUCUCUUCAUCCAGCAAGUUCAUCCCAGGGGUGCCUAUCUGUUUUGAGAUGAAACCCAAAGAAAAUACGGAGAUCCAAGACAUGAUUGCGGUAUCCCGAUCCAUCGUCAGGAUUAAGACAAGAUCUAGGAGAGUUUUCUGCAGACUGACAGUGUUGAUCUUGGUUUUUGCUUUCAGCUGGAUGCCUCUUCACCUUUUCCACAUUGUAACAGAUUUUAAUGCCAAUCUCAUUUCAAACAGACAUUUUAAAUUAGUGUAUUGUAUAUGCCAUUUACUGGGUAUGAUGUCUUGCUGCUUGAAUCCCAUCCUAUAUGGGUUUCUAAACAACAGCAUAAAAGCUGAUUUAUUGUCCCUUAUUCCAUGUAGCCAAAUACCAUGAUUUUUGAGCCUCAGUAUAAAAUAAA